CGAGCGGAUGUGACGCAGCAGCAGGAGUGUGACCCGAGGAACCUCAAACAUGCGUCAAUCCCGAAAAAACAAACUCCACCAAGUAUCGGAUUAUCAUCACAAACCGUAAUUUCUACUCCGGAAACUAUUCAUGAUAUAACUCGAGGAUAUAAUAAAUCAGAUAAUCCAUCAGGGACUCAUGUGUUUGUCUUGUGGAGCCCUGUAUAAUCCAGCACCCCUCCAUGGAUUAACCGCAGAGAAAAGCUGAAUCCAGUCGUUCUCGCCGUCUCGGUGCAACAUGCCCCUUCCGUUCGGAUUAAAGCUCAAGAGAACCAGAAGAUACACGGUGUCCAGCAAGAGCUGCCUGGUGACCCGCAUACAGCUGCUCAACGGCGAAUAUGUGGAGUUCACGCUUUCGGUGGAAAGCACGGGACAGGAAUGUCUGGAGGCAGUCGCGCAGAGACUCGAGUUACGAGAGAUAACGUAUUUCAGCCUCUGGUACUGCAACAAACAAAACCAGCCGAGAUGGAUAGAUCUGGAGAAGCCGCUGAAGAAGCAGCUGGACAAGUACGGACUGGAGCCGACCGUUUACUUUGGAGUGGUGUAUUACGUGUCGUCUGUUACACAGUUACAGCAAGAGAUAACCAGAUAUCAGUAUUAUCUCCAGCUGAAGAAAGACGUUCUGGAGGGGAAGAUCCCGUGCUCCAUUGAGCAAGCCAUUCAUUUGGCCAGCUUGGCUGUGCAAGCUGACCUUGGAGACUUCAACCGAUAUGAUUCCCAGGAAUUCCUUCAGAAAAUUGUGCUUUUUCCAAUGCCGUGGAUACAGGACGAGAGGGUUGUGGAAGAGGCCACUCAGAAAGUCACCAUGCUCUAUCAAAAGUACCGAGGUGUGUCCGCAGCGGAGGCGGAGUUACUCUACAUGCAGGAGGUGGAGAAGAUGGAGGGCUACGGGGAGGAGAGUGUCCAAGCAAAGGACGCUCAGAGCACAGAUGUGAUCAUCGGCUCUUGUCUGGACGGGAUUUUUGUCAAGCACAAAAAUGGGAAAGCACCUCUCAUGUUUCAGUGGAAUGACAUUAAUAAUAUGACUCAUAAUAAAUCUUUCUUUGCCCUGGAGCUCGCCAACAAAGAAGACACAAUCCAGUUCCAGACCGAGGACAUGGAGACGUCCAAAUAUGUGUGCAGGAUGUGGCUGGCGCGGCACAAGUUUUAUAAAAUUAACAACAGCAGUCUACAGACGCAGCCUGCUCCAGUAAACACCGUGAGGCGACGGUCCUCGACGAGAAUGUCUCUGCCAAAACCACAGCCCUACAUGAUGCCACCUCAGAUGCACUUUAACGGCCAUUACACCGAACCCUACACAUCUUCACAAGAUAAUCUGUACAUCAACAACCAGAACGGUUUCUACUACCAUUCCCAGACCAGUCUGGACCGCUCUCCGCACGAGUACAACGGCCGGAUCCGUAACGGCAGCGUUUACAGCGCACAGAGCACCAGCUCCCUCAACAACCCUCAGCACUACCUACAGCCCUCGCCCAUGUCCUCCAACCCCAGCAUCACAGGAAGUGACCUCAUGCGGCCCGACUACGUGCCUUCCCACCGGCACAGCGCCCUGAUCCCGCCGUCCUACCGCGCUACGCCUGAUUACGAGAGCGUCAUGAGGCAGAAGAACCACGGGAUGAUCCCGCCAGCUGAGCGCCAGAGCCACUCCAUGAGGAACCUGAACAUUGGGAACUCGUACGCCUACAGCCGCCCCGACCCGCUCGUGUACAGCCAGCCGGAGAUCCGGGAGCACGGCACGGGCCAGUACCCCUUCCACCUCAACUACAGCUUCCACAGCCCCUCCCCGUACCCCUAUCCCACCGAGAGACGGCCUGUCGUAGGAGCCGUCAGCGUCCCCGAGCUCACCAACGUCCAGCAGGCGCAGGAAUAUCCUCCGCCCAACAUCAUCAGGAAUCAGGUUUAUUGGCCGCCUCCGCCGUAUCCCUACCCUCACCCUCGACCCGCUAACAGCACCCCGGAUCUGUCCCGCCAUCUCUACGUCAGCAGCAGUAACCCGGAUCUGAUCACACGCCGCGUCCAUCACUCGGUGCAGACCUUCCAGGAGGACAGCCUUCCCGUGGCUCACUCGCUGCAGGAAGUGAGCGAGCCGCUCGUCACGACCCGACGGCCUCACAUGCACAAACGCAACUCCAUCGAGAUCGCCGGGCUAGCAUACGGCCUGGAGAACAUGAGGCUGAAGGAGAGGAAGGUAUCCGCAUCUGCAGCCGAGACCCCGCCCCCUGGUGCCCAGACGAUGCAACCUGCAGCAUCCGGCUCGGACAUCAACAUCGUCCUGGAGGUCACAAAGCCAGAGGACGCGGUCAUCAAGGAGGACGUCAUCUACGGGCACAAAAAAUCCCUGUCCGACGCCACGAUGCUGGUGCACAGCAGCGGUGAGGAGGAAGAGUUCGAAGACGACAGCGGCAGACACACACCUCAGUCUCAGGAUGCUGUGGGCGGCCCCGAGCAUCACAUGACCCAGAUGGGACGGCCCCUCGUAGAUCCACCCGCUUAUCCCUUCAGCCACAGUAUGGAGACGGUCCCAACAUCCCCUCUGGUGUUCCCCAUCCCCAUCAUCCGCAAACCAGAAGACAUGGUGCAGCUGCCGCCUCUGAGAGAGCCCGGACACAUGGUGCCUUCAGUAUCAGACGGAGACCUGAGCGGACAGGGACGCUUCAGACAGAAGAGGGACGUCUAUAAGAGACCCGUCUCAGACGUGCCACCUCCCAGAAGAAACAUCGAUGGUCUUCCACCGGCCGGGAUGAAGAAAGGACGCUCCGAGGUCAAGAAGGUGGGUCCCCUGAAGAUGGCGGCUCUCAACGGCCUGACCCUGUCCAGAAUGCCUCUGCCCGAUGAAGGGAAGGACGACCCGGAGAACGCCUCUAAUGAUGAGCGGUGUAAGAUCCUGGAGCAGCGUAUGGAGCAGGGGAUGGUGUUCACCGAAUACGAGCAGGUGCCCAAGAAGCGUCCCAACUGUGAGUGCACUUUCGCUCUGAUGCCCGAGAACAGCGACAGGAACCGCUUCCAGGACGUCCUGCCCUACGACGACACGCGUGUGGAGCUGGUGCCCACCAAAGAGAACAACACGGGCUACAUCAACGCCUCGCACAUCAGGGUUACGGUCCGAGGGAAAGAGUGGAGUUAUAUCGCGUCUCAGGGUCCGCUCUCCAACACAUGCCAAGACUUCUGGCAGAUGGUUUGGGAACAAGGAGUCUCUAUCAUCGCAAUGGUUACAGCAGAGGAGGAAGGGGGUCGAGAGAAGAGUUUCCGCUACUGGCCUCGUCUGGGCUCUCGUCACAACACGGUUACAUACGGGCGAUUUAAGAUCACCACACGCUUCCGCACAGACUCGGGGUGCUACGCCACAACGGGGCUGAAGAUCAAACACCUCCUGACGGGACAGGAGCGAACCGUCUGGCACCUGCAGUACACCGACUGGCCCGACCACGGCUGCCCCGAGGACUUCAAGGGCUUUCUCUCGUACUUGGAGGAGAUCCAGUCUGUGAGGCGACACACCAACAGCUCCAGCGACCCAAAGAACACAAACCUUCCCGUCCUGGUGCACUGCAGCGCAGGGGUGGGACGCACUGGUGUGGUCAUCCUGUCUGAGAUCAUGAUAGCUUGUCUGGAACAUAAUGAGAUGCUGGACGUCCCGACCGUUCUGAACUUGCUGCGGCAGCAACGCAUGAUGAUGGUACAGACGCUUUCACAGUACUCCUUCAUUUACAAAGUCCUCAUUCAGUUCCUGAGAAACUCCAGACUGAUCUGAGACCAGCGCUGGCACAGACGAGCCUCUCACAAGCCCUCGGUCCCCGUCGGAGCUUCCUCACGGGGCAGUAAUGAAGGACGCCGCGGCGCGCUCUGCUUUACCAGUAUUAUUCACUGUGGACUUGUACACAGAUGUCAUCCAGCACUUUUAUUUUGCUGUAAAUAGACGCAGCUCUGUUAUUUAAUAGGAUACGCUGAACUGCAGUGGUUCUUUUAUACCGGGUUCCUCGUGGAUUUUAUUAGUUUACGCAUGAAGUUUUAGCAAGCAAAAAUUAUAAUAGCGGACACAGUGUUUACCGAGAUGAACUUCAGUCGAUGAAUCUCAUGAAAAGCCCAGAUUUUGUGUCAAAAUGUGCUUAAUAUUAUGCUGAAAUGCAAAAAAGGUUUGCUUUUCUGUAUGCCACGUGUUCGAAUGCUCUUGAGAUUCUCUCAUUUGCAUCAUGGGAUGGAUAUAACAGGACUCUGGGAGUUUGAAGUAUCAUGUCCAGUGUUACGCGACAUGUUCAAGCAAUGUUUUACAGUUUAACCCUACGAACAGGGUUUCACCCCCGGCUAACGCAUCUCAAGUUUGAAUGCUGCCAAAGACGGGACAGGUUUCUUUUCUGAUCGCAGACACAACCUAUGGUUAAUUUACAAUAUGUAUUAAAAUUGUAUAUGAAAACUGUAUUCUAAAUAUAAUAAUCAGAAAGGCUUUCUCGUUGCAUUAGGGAUGAUUUUGUAUUUUUGCAGCUCUUGUGACUUUCCACCUGCAUCCGACAACCAGACGCACCAAAGAGCAUCACGACUCGACUUUUGCAUUGGAGUGAACAAUAGUGUGGGUUUAUUGUGAACGGUUAGUGAGAUCAUUAUCUUAGACACACCAGCUAUGAUGGUUUACCAAAGAGAUUUCAGCAUAUCGAGUUCUUUAAGUCUUAAAACACUGUGAAACUGCAUAACCCAUUCUGUUAUGUGCAGUUGAAUUGCAUUCUGGGUAUUUACGAUAAAGCAGUACAGACAGAUGCUACAUUCCACCAUAAUGGUGCUGUUGCAUGUUCUGAAAGAAAUAGUUCGGCCAAAAAUGUACAUUCGCUGAAAAUGUACCGAAUUUGGAACCAAAAGCUGUUUAGACACUCAUUCUGACGGCACCCAUUCACUGGGUGUGCAAGUGACGCAAUGCUAAAUUGCUCUAAAUCUGAUAUCUUGGAUGACCUGAGGGUGAGCACAUUCUAGCUAAUUUUCAUUUUUAGUAAACUAUUGCUUUAAACCCAAACAUACAUGCAGCGUCCUGCCAAAAUAUUCCAUGGGAGAGUCAAAAAUCUAAAGAAAAAAGCAGUGCAAUUUAAGUAAAAAUUUAAAAUAAAAAAUACAUUAGUAAAGUGGAACUGAAAGUAUUUGUUGUACUGAAUUUUAUUUAUUGUGUGCAGAAAGGACGAUGUAUUACUGAAUUUUAGUAAUGAUAAUGAGAUUUAUUUCACCUGUCCAUAAUGAAAAUUUGAGGCAAAAUAGUUGCUUAAUUGUUCUGAAAAAAGGCAGAAAUGUUUAAUUGUCCCAGAAUCGGCUAAAAUAUAAAAUUAUAUAUAUAUAAAUAUAUUUUUCUAUUGAAUUCGGGCUGAAAUAUGAUAAAAAAAAAAUGGUCUUGUUAAGAGUCACUCUCUCUAUUCAGUUCUGACUUGUGCCUAAAACAAAAGCAAUGUGUUCUUGUUGGGUUUAGGCUAAACUGUAAAUUAAAAUAUUUUUUUGUUGCGAAGAACAAUCACUUUUUCACAUUAUACUGUGCAUCUGAAUAUCAUGAAACAUUCAUUUAAAAACUGAACCUAUCCACAGGUUGAGCUCCUUCAACGAUGGUUUAAUCCGCAUUUAUCCGUCAUUACUAUGAGGUAAAAGUCAUUUAAGUGUUUGGAGUAAAUGGUUGUAAAAGCAAACCUUUUCAUAAUUCAUGUUGAGUUUUGUUGGGUUAGCUUCAGACGAACUGCUGCGGUGUUUGAGGUUUGCUGAUGUGAGUGGACAAGUGUUCAUCUGAACUGGAAAAACAAACUUAAAGACAAUUAAUGAACAAAGCUGAAAACUGGACUGGAAAAGCCCUUCUCAGAGCUGCUUUUUGGAAUACAUGUAUAUUAUUUAGCAGAUACUGUUUAUAUUGGUGACUUUUAAAUGUUAGUAACUUUUUUAACCACAUUACAUUUUUGAGGCUGUUCACCCCAGAUGGACUCUCAUCUGUUUUGGUUUUGUAGAGUGAGAUCUCAUUCUCAACCAUUGCCGCCAUCAUCAUGAGUGAUUUACAGCUGACAGAAGAGCUAAAUUAUAUCCCAUUGUAAACAACUAUAUUUUUCAUUCAGAAAAUAAAUGUUCUAAAUUGUUUAA